UAACAAACAGUCAGAAGGUGGAGGAGAACAACGUGAACUGUUACUGUGUCAUAACGUGUUUCCAUGAAACUAAAGAAACACAUGAUGACGUUUGUUUGAUUCUCUGAUGGUUGUUGUAUAAUAAUAACAGUCAACAGUCCUGGUGUUUUAAUGCUUCACCAUCACAGACUCACAGCCGUUACAUUACUAACACUUUGACACGAAGAGCAGCACAGAGGAAAUAAUAUGUGCAUGGCUGUUUGGAUAAGGAGGAGGAAGAGUGACUUGGCAUUAAUCUAAACCUAUAAGUGAAGCACAACCCAUCAUCAUCAUCAUCAUCCCAGUUUGAAAGGGAACAGAAUGGAUGCCUACACUGGAGGUUACCUGCAGUUUGUACUUGUGCUUGUGGCACUGCCUCACUUCACCUGUGACGACAGCAGCCGUUGUCCCAGUGCCUGUGUAUGUAGAGCCGACGGUGCGGUCAGGUGUGUGGGCGACACCGUCACAGACGUGCCACAGCUGCUGCCUCCUGACACGUACCUGCUGGAGCUCAACGGCACGAGAAUCACGGUCAUAAAAGAGAGAGAUUUGAUGAAGAAGGAUCUGCUGCUGCGCUUCAGUCUGACCUACAGCAGCCUGAACACCAUCCACCCCCAGGCCUUCCACCUGGGCCCACCGCUCAGGUCCGUCAGGUUGUCGUAUAAUUAUCUCAACACACUUCCUGACAGUGUAUUCAGACAACUGACUACUCUGGAGCAGCUGUACUUAAAUGGAAACCAGUUCGAGGUCAUCGGCUCCGACCAAUUAACUGGACUGACGAACCUUGUGGCGCUCGACCUGAGCCGCAACAAACUGACCUAUCUGGACUCGGAUGUUUUUCAAGGACUAAAAAACCUCACCUUUCUGAACCUGUGCAGGAACUUCUUGAAGAGGCUUCCGACGACCGUCUUCAACUCUUUGACGAAUCUUCAAGAACUGCACAUUUACAACAACGAACUGGAGGUGCUACAAGCUGGGCUGUUUGAUCAGCUGGUCAACCUGAGGGAGCUGCAACUUUACCACAACAAAAUUACCACGUUAGCACCACAGGUGUUCUGGUCACUGCAGAAGCUCACAGUUCUUAGUUUGUCGUCCAACCAACUCACGUCCAUACCGGAGAAAAGCUUCUAUAACAUGCCCAGGCUGACCAAGCUCACAAUUUACAAAAACCCUUUGCUUUUCCUGCCAGAGCAGCUGAUGGGAAACAUGCCUGAAAUCCAAGUAUUUUACUUGUUCAGUACAAAUCUCACGACUGUUCCAGGAAACUUAUUCACUAACAUGUCUGGUCUGCUGGAACUGAACUUCCAUUUGAAUGAAAAACUGAAAGAACUGCCCCCUGACCUUUUCUGUUGCCUCCGUAACCUUAAGAAGCUCUCACUGAAGUCCAACAAUCUCCAUGAUUUAGAACCUCAGCUGUUCUCCAGAUUACCUGCUCUUAAGUUACUGUUCCUUAACGAUAAUAAACUGCGGCGUCUCCCUGAAAACAUUUUUCGAGGCAUUGCUGGAGUUUUGACCAUUAAUUUAAGUAAGAACCUCCUAACGACUCUUCCUGGAGACAUUUUCCAGUCCAACACAGCUUUGAGGAGUCUCAGCCUUAGUGACAACCCCUGGGAUUGCACCUGUAACAUCAGGGUUCUUGCCAGAUGGAUCGCACGACACAACGCAGUGGUGACCGACAAAAACUAUGUCAUGUGUGAAAGUCCCCUCUACCAGAUGCUGCGCAGGGUCGACUCCCUGCCCGAUGAGGAGUUCAACGUCUGUGAUGUCACAACUUAUUUUCCCUCAAACACGGACUUAGAUAAAUCCACACAACCACUCUUCACCAGCACACAAAACACCAUCCCCCCAACAACAACAACAACAACAACAACAACGACUCCAGAAAUAAGACCAAGCAGCAAAGACACCCAGAACCUCAAUAUUCUGACAACAACCAGCAGAGGGUCAACCAGCCCUGCCUCCUGGACGUUGACCACACAGGCUGAGGUCACCAGUACGAUGUCAACCAUGUCAACGCUGCACGUUUUCUACGACGUGCUGGUGAUUGGGUGGGGCCCUGAGUUUGUUCACCACAACAUUCACAGCGGCUGGGUGUACGUGUGGUUUCUGCCCUCAGACACAGCCUGGACUGCUUCCCUCAUGUUCUGUCAUGUCUUUCUUCUGACCACAGGCUUGGUCUUCAUUCUUGCUUCCAUAUAUGUAAUGAAUCUCCUCGACAAGACAAUGGAUGAACUGAAUCCACGUCACUGAUGGAAACAAAACAUGUCAUCAGACCUGAUUCAGUAGAAAAUAAUUUUUUGUUUUUUGUUUUUUUGUUUUCUUUUGAUGCUAAACUAUUUACAGUAACGUAUGCACCUAUGUUUGGUUUGUGAUACAAUAAUAAGAUAUUAACAUUCAUGUAAAAUACACCUUGAUUAAUGAACAUUUCUUUACAAACAGCUUCUAAACUUGGCUAACAACAAUCACAGCAAUGCUUUAAAAUAAAUCGUGGUCACUUAUUGUGUGGUAGCGUUAAAGAAAUAUGAAUGAACCUGAUGGCGACGCGUCCAGUUCAAUAAGACACUGGACUGGAGUCUCCCCAUAUCUGCUGUCCUCAGUUAUUUUUCCAUUAAUGCCUUUGUUUUGUUGGUUCUUUCACUCUGUUUUUGUCUUCUUCCCUCAACAAAUACACAAGUGAAAGAAUGUGUUAAAAUGCCGCGUGGUAACCAUCACGGCCACACCUAGUUAUUCUGUUCAUUCCUAAAUAGAACCACGUUUCCAUGUGGCAGUGUGAAGAUUCCAUCUUUCCUACUGUUGGUGUUUGAACAUUUCAAGCUCUGGUUCUCAAAUGGUGGGUCAUGUGGUUGAAAUAUUAACAAACAGGUCACAUAUGUGUAUGAAAAUAUAGAAUAAAACAUAUUUUCAAGCUGU